AUGACGGUGUUUACCUACAACACCGAUAGGAAGCUUUAUUCACGUUUCUCACGCAACCACGAGCUUGGGAUCAUGAUCAAGGACAGCAGUCUGAUAAUUUGGCUGUUCGGCACAGAAAUCGAGUUGGACUACGUGCUCUCCUUACAUAACUGGCAUUAUUUAUGUUUGACGUGGCACAGUGCUCACCAUAAAGCAAAUAUCUACGUGAAUAAGACGCAGAUACAUACCAAAUUCCUAGUGCAGGAUUACAAACUCUUCCCAAAUGGGAGCCUGCUACUUGGUCAGAGUCAUAAGCGGAGACCUGACCGGCUGCAAGUGGACCUGGAUAUGGCGUUUGUGGGGGAAUUAUACAUGUUCAAUCUGUGGAAUUACAUAAAAAGGCACCAGAUAUUAAAUCUCGGAUGUGAAGAUGGCAACAUUAUUAGCUGGAACAGCCAACAGUGGGACUUCAUGGGCUUAGACUUGGAGUACGACUACUUACUGCCUUGUUCUACUGGUUUACAUGAUAAUACAUCUGCAGUCUUGAACACAACAGCUGCUUCCAGGACAACUAAUAUCGCAUCGACACCAUCCAGUUCAGCAGGUACCAGAAACAAAUUUGACACAGUAACGACAUUUUCUUCAUCCAGCACGCCAGCCACUUCCAACACAACUAAUAUCACAUCCAGUGAAUCCACUUUAGCAGCUCCUUCUAACAGAACUAAUAUCACAUCCACAUCAUUCGUCCCAACAGUGAUAGCCACUGACAGGGUGAUGCCAUCUUCUCCAACCAGCACAUCAGCUCCUUCCAGCACAACUAAUAUCACAUCCACACCAUCCAGUUCAGCAGGUACCAGAAAUAAAUCUGACACAGUGACGACAUCUUCUUCAUCCAGCACGCCAGCCACUUCCAACACAACUAAUAUCACAUCCAGUGAAUCCACUUUAGCAGCUCCUUCUAACAGAACUAAUAUCACAUCCACAUCAUUCGUCCCAACAGUGAUAGCCACUGACAGGGUGAUGCCAUCUUCUCCAACCAGCACAUCAGCUCCUUCCAGCACAACUAAUAUCACAUCCACACCAUCCAGUUCAGCAGGUACCAGAAAUAAAUCUGACACAGUGACGACAUCUUCUUCAUCCAGCACGCCAGCCACUUCCAACACAACUAAUAUCACAUCCAGUGAAUCCACUUUAGCAGCUCCUUCUAACAGAACUAAUAUCACAUCCACAUCAUUCGUCCCAACAGUGAUAGCCACUGACAGGGUGAUGCCAUCUUCUCCAACCAGCACAUCAGCUCCUUACAGCACAACUAAUAUCACAUCCACACCAUCCAGUUCAGCAGGUACCAGAAAUAAAUCUGACACAGUGACGACAUCUUCUUCAUCCAGCACGCCAGCCACUUCCAACACAACUAAUAUCACAUCCAGUGAAUCCACUUUAGCAGCUCCUUCUAACAGAACUAAUAUCACAUCCACAUCAUUCGUCCCAACAGUGAUAGCCACUGACAGGGUGAUGCCAUCUUCUCCAACCAGCACAUCAGCUCCUUCCAGCACAACUAAUAUCACAUCCACAUCAUCCAGCUCAGCAGGGACCAGAAAUAAAUCUGACACAGUGACGACAUCUUCUUCAUCCAGCAUGCCAGCCACUUCCAACAACACUAAUAUCACAUCCAGUGAAUCCACUUUAGCAGCUCCUUCUAGCACAACUAAUAUCAUAUCCACAUCAUUCAUCCCAACAGGUAACAUCUACCAAAUUUCCGGGUGGAUUAAGUCACCUUCAGAUCAAAUGGAAGAUGUUUACCAGCAGUUCAGAAAUCAUCUAUGCGAACUUUUUUGUAAAUACUCAUUAGAAAAUAAUGGGAAUGCAACUGUGAAGACUCCGAGCAUGAAUUCAACGUGCAGAAACAACUCAGUCCAUACUCCAAGUGCUUUUGAGAUCAUUCAGGUUUACUGUAAUGUUACUAAAUUUAAUUGCAGUGGGUUUAACUAUGAAAUCACAAUAAGAUUGACUAAUGAGAGCAUCGUCAAUAUAUCUCAAAUCCUGGAAGAUAUAAAAGAAUUUGACCCAAAUUCUUUAUUUAUAAAGAAAUUCAUUGAAGAUCUCAAAAUCUUCCCUCCUACAAGAUCCACUUCUGAAGCAGAGGCCAAUGGGACUCCUGAUUUUAAGGAAUCCAGUGAAGAAAUACCACACCGGAGUACCUAA